AUGCCGUCUUGUGCUCAAAAUGUCGGCAUAAAGGCCAUUGAGUUUUAUUUUCCCAGCUGCUACGUGCCGCAGUCGGAACUGGAAACGUUUCUUGGAGUGAGCGCCGGGAAAUACACAAUUGGACUCGGCCAGCAAAAGAUGAGUUUCUGUGAUGACCGGGAAGAUAUCUAUUCCAUGGCGCUCACGGCCGUAUCCUCCCUCCUGCAAAAGUACUCGAUUGAUCCGAACUCAAUCGGGCGUUUGGAAGUCGGCACGGAAACGCUCCUUGACAAGUCCAAGUCCUGCAAAUCCGUCCUCAUGCAGCUGUUCGGGGAGAAUACCGAUAUUGAGGGCGUCGAUACCGUCAACGCCUGCUAUGGGGGUAUCAAUGCCCUGAUUAACUCGGUUAACUGGGUGGAAUCGUCUGCUUGGGAUGGUCGCGACGCUCUUGUCGUCGCCGGAGAUAUCGCCCUGUACGACAAGCCGGCUGCACGCCCAACUGGUGGUGCUGGUUGUGUGGCGAUUGUGGUCGGACCGGAUGUGCCGCUCGUCCUAGAGCCCGUUCGCGCGUCGUAUAUGAAGCAUGUAUAUGAUUUCUACAAGCCGGAUUUUAAGUCGGAAUAUCCCAUCGUGGAUGGGCAGCUUUCCAACACUUGCUAUCUUGAGGCAUUGGACAAGUGCUAUCAAACGUACCGGAGGAAGAGGCUUGCGAGCAACGCGACGAUGACCAAUGGAGUCGACUCCAACCGCGGCGGCAGUUUUAUUGAUACCUUUAAUUAUAUGGCUUUCCAUACCCCGUACUGCAAGUUGGUGACGAAAGGGUAUGGCCGUCUGCUCUUCAAUGACUUCCGGUCCGAUCCAGAACGGUUCGAUCAGAUCCCCCCUGAAUUCCGGGAAAUCGAAUACACAGCAUCCUUGACGAACAAGAAUCUGGAAAAGCUCUGCGUCGGUCUGACAAAAGACAAGUUCUCAGAGCGCGUGCAGCCUUCGGUCACAGCGGCAACGAACUGUGGCAACAUGUAUACCGCCAGCGUGUACUCGUGUCUGGUGAGCCUGUUGAGCAAUGUCCCCAGUGCAAAGCUCCAGAACAAGCGUAUCGGCUUGUACAGCUAUGGCGGUGGGCUGGCGAGCAGCAUGAUCAGCUUCCAGGUGAAAGGAGACACAUCUGUGAUGGCGCAAAAGGUCCAAUUGCACGCUCGUUUGGACGCUCGUACAGCCGUAUCUCCCGAAUUCUACAACAAGGCGUGUCAACUUCGCGAGCAGGCAUACCAACAGAAGAACUAUACUCCCCAGGGAAGCGUGGACAGUCUCGCCCCGGGCACGUACUAUUUGGUGCACGUCGAUGAUCUUUUCCGGCGGAAGUACGAAAUGAAGCCGUACGGGUAA